UGUGAAGCAAUGAGAUAAAAAGUAUCUAUGCAGCUGUCAGUGUCAAGAGUAAAAAUAUGUGUUUGCAGAGUGCUGGCGUAGUUUCCAGCUUGCGCUAUAAAUGAAGGAGAUUUUGAAGAAAGACGUGCAUAUAAUUUAGUCUUUAUUUCUUUUUAAUAUAUAAUGCAUUAUGUCGGCGUUUACCGAAACGGCAUUGUUGAAGAAAUUAUCUGAAUUGAAUUCUAGUCAGCAGAGUAUUCAGACCCUGUCUCUUUGGCUAAUUCACCAUCGAAAGCAUCAUGCAUCAAUUGUAAAGACAUGGUUCCGAGAGCUACAGAAUGUUUCUGAAAACAAGAAAUUGACUUUCAUGUAUUUGGCCAAUGACGUGAUACAGAACAGCAAAAAGAAAGGCCCGGAAUACGGUCGAGAAUUCUUAAUUAUAUUGCCAAAAGUGUUCACUCACAUUGGAGAAAGUUGUUUUUCUGAAAAACUAUUUGGCAGUCUGGGCAGAAUACUGUGCAUAUGGGAGGAACGUAGUGUUUAUGAGCAUGCUGUUAUUAAUGAAUACAGAUCACUCUUAAAUAAGAAACAUGGUAGUUCAGGCAAUUCCAAUUUCCACAAAAGAGAUGAAAGUAGGGAGAACGUAAAAAAGAUUGAAAAACGAAAGCAUGAAGAUUCAAGAAAUAAAACGAGGCAUAUGAAAUUACCACACACGCAUAGUGAAGAUAAUGCAACAAAAGAUUCUAGUGAAGAUGUCCUACAAAUCAGUCCAUAUAUACCACAUGGGGAGCCUCCAGAACCAGAAGAAUUGAUAAAAGCCCUUUUAGCAACAGAAAAUUCCGCUUCUAGUGAUGCUACUGUGCGCGAAAAAAUAGCGAAUUUACCUCAAGAAAUAUCCGAUGUAAAUUAUUUGCAUAAAUUAGAGGACAAGGAAAAAGCCAAAAAAUUAUCCAAUGAGGUAAACGAUGCUUUAACAAUGUUAAAUGAUUAUAACGCUCGUUUGGCAGCUGAAAUGGAGUCACGGGGCAAACUGGCCAUAAUGUUACGUAAUUUUUAUGUGGAACAAAAGGAAUUAUUGACACAAGCAGAAACUCGAUAUGAGGAAUAUUCGAAAAAGUAUGACAAAAUGAUUGGCGUACAAAAAGAAAUCCAAGAACACAUCUCCAAUUUACCAGAUAUAGCACAGUUGAAAGACGUUACUAAAUUAUUGGCACCAUUACCAUCUGCAGGAGACCUCUUUAACACGCAUUGAAAAUAGAUAUUAAGAUAGAAUAUUCUACAAAGAGUUUUUUUAUAUUUAAUGAACGAGUUUCCCAAAUUGUAAAAUUUUAUUUUAGAUUAUAAAAGAGUGUGCUUAUUAUAUUUGUUUUUAAUACUAAAGAAAUUAAGAAGCUCAUAUAUAUAUAUGUUUUAUUAGAAUUUAAGUUAUGUGCUUAAAUCAUUUGUCCAAUGAAGAAUA